GGACACUAUUGUUUGAAAAACGUGUGAACGGUUACGCCGGCAACGAGCUGCGCGUGCACACCACGUGACCCGAUAGCGUCACGCCUGCGCUAGCAGUCACAAGAUGGCGGAGAGUGCGGAACUAAAGCAAAUGGUGAUGAGCCUGCGGGUGUCAGAGCUGCAGGUUCUUCUGGGCUACGCGGGCAGAAAUAAACAUGGACGAAAGCACGAGCUCCUGACUAAAGCCUUACACCUCCUUAAAGCCGGCUGCAGCCCUGCCGUCCAGAUGAAGAUCAAGGAGCUCUACAGACGACGCUUCCCCACCAAGCUGGUGUCCCCAGCAGAACUGGCCCUGCCCGGAGUCCACCCCGCCGCUGCCUCCUUGCCCCCCGGCCUCACGCAGUUGGGAUUUGAUGGGCACGGAGCACCCCCAUCCCCUCUGCUCCCCAUCUCCCUCCUCGGGCCCAAACACGAGCUGGGCCUGCCCCACCUCCCCACGAACCUGCACCCCGUGCACCCUGAUGUCAAACUGCAACGGCUGCCCUUCUACGAUGUACUGGAUGAGCUCAUUAAACCCACGAGUCUUGCCUCAGAUAACAGCCAGAGGUUUCAGGAAACAUGUUUUGCAUUUGCAUUGACGCCACAGCAGGUCCAACAAGUCAGCAGCUCAAUGGACAUAUCGGGGACCAAAUGUGACUUUACAGUGCAAGUACAGUUACGGUUUUGUCUAUCAGAGACAAGCUGCCCUCAGGAGGACCACUUCCCCUCUAAUCUUUGCGUUAAAGUCAAUGGGAAACCGUGUAAUCUCCCAGGAUAUCUGCCUCCUACCAAAAAUGGCGUGGAACCAAAGAGGCCCAGCAGACCCAUCAACAUUACCUCAUUGGUCAGACUGUCCACAACUGUCCCCAACACCAUCGUAGUGUCCUGGACCUCAGAAAUUGGACGUAGUUACUCUAUGGCGGUGUACCUGGUCAAACAACUGUCAUCUACAAUGCUAUUGCAGAGGCUACGGGCUAAAGGCAUCAGAAAUCCAGAUCACUCCAGAGCACUCAUAAAAGAAAAGUUAACGGCAGACCCUGACAGUGAAAUAGCAACCACCAGCCUAAGAGUUUCAUUAUUAUGUCCGCUGGGAAAGAUGCGGCUAAUGAUUCCGUGUCGGGCGUUGACGUGUUCACACCUGCAGUGUUUUGAUGCUACGCUCUACAUCCAGAUGAAUGAAAAGAAGCCCACAUGGGUGUGUCCUGUAUGUGACAAAAAAGCACCCUAUGAACAUCUCAUCAUUGACGGGUUGUUUAUGGAGAUUCUGAACAGCUGUUUAGACUGUGAUGAAAUCCAGUUCAAAGAAGAUGGCAGCUGGGCCCCCAUGAGGUCGAAAAAGGAAGUGCAGGAGGUGUCGGCUUCAUACAAUGGCAUUGAUGGUGGAUGUCGUACGACAGUGUUGGAGCAGAACUCUCAAACGAACGGCAACAGUGGAGGCAACAGCAAAAAAGUGGAGGUGAUUGAUUUGACACUUGACAGCUCGUCUGAAGAAGAGGAAGAUGAAGAACCCCCUCAGAAGAAAAGCUGUCCCUCGCUAUCUAGCAUCUCUCCUCAGAUGGAUAAUGGGGUACUAAAUCUCCACAGACAAGCGUCUCCUGUGAGUCGAACACCCAGCAUGCCUCAGGUGGACACCAAUUACAUUCCCCCACCUCCUCCCUUAAUUCAGGACUACCGCCACUACUACUCUACACCCACUGACCUGUCAGAUCUCAACUUUUUUCCGUUUUUACAAGGAGAGAAUCAUCAGCACUACAACAUGGUGAUGGCAGCAGCCGCAUCAGCAUCGGAAGAUCACGACCUCCUCCUGAGUCGUUUUCUCCCGUACGGCUCGUCCCAGCUCUUCCUUGACCCUCCCUCUACCCCCGUAGGCAACAACCUCCCUCCCAUUAACGUCAACGGCAGCAGCACCGGCAGCAGCCUGGUGUCCUCCAACAGCCUGCGGGAAAGCCUCGGACAUCCACCCGCCCCACGCCCAACCUCCGAAUCGGGCCCGACGUCUGCCAUCUACGGUCCCAUCCCAGACGUCAUCUCGUUAGACUGAUCCAGGACCGAAACUGACUGAAGAGACUUCCAAACAUUGGGAAGAAAACAGGACAUACAGGAUGACUGAAGGGUGUUUUUGUAAACGAUGAUAAUCGUUGCCGUGUACAGAGAACAAAUAUAUUUUUUGUUUUACUUUUGUAUAUACCUAUCUAUCUAGCUAUCUAAUGUAUAUGUAAACUUGAAAGAGUUUUUUUCCCCCUUCUGGCUUGCUAAAAUUUAUUUGGGUUUUAUCUCUUGGGAAACUGACGCUCUUUUUCCUUCACAGCUUUGUCUCAACCUCUUUAACAUACUAUGAACACUUUUUAUAUCCCCAUCUUCUGUAAUCGUCUAUAUUUUGUCUGAUUCCACAGGGCACAAUGGCUCUGAUCGGACCGUCUGCCGGACUCUUGGUUCUUUUCUCUUCCCAGCAAAACUUGUCGUCUUUGCCAAUCCAUAACAUUUCCCCUAAACAUGCAGGAUUAUUUUAUAUAAUGCUUUUAAAGGGAAAGUUCACCCAAAAAUUGACAUUCUGUCGUUUACACACCCUCAUAUUGUAUAUUCUUCUGCGGAAGACAAAAGAAGAUAUUUUCAGUGUUUUUUCCCCCCAUACAAUGAAAGUCGGUGGGGUCCAGCGUUGUUUUUGACCCCAUUACAACAUUCUUUUGUGUUGCACAGAAAAAAGUCAUACAGGUUUGGAACAACAUGAGAGUAAAUGACUUUUUUUUUAAAUAAAUUAAUCAUUUUUUGAUGAACUCUUUUUAUUUUGAUGGGCCGUUAAGAAGCAUUCCUUUACAUUCAGGUUAACAACUGGAAGUAAUAGCAUUGUUACAGAUUGCCAAUAUCUGACCUCAUGAUUCUUAUGUGAAAUGUAAUUCAUGACUGUUUUUAAAACAAUGUAAUUCUCUAACAAUUUUGCAUCCAUAUUUUCUUGCUCAAUGCCAAAAGAACACUGUUUAGUGUUGACGUUUCUAGAGUGAGAGCUUGUGAGUUCAGUGAACUUAAAUGUACACUUUGUGUGGAAAAUAAGGAUUUACUCUCUUUUUUUUUUUUUUUUUUUUUGUGGCUGCCAUGCUUGAUUGUUCAUUUUCUCCUUUCCUUCCGUCCCGCUCUUCUUGAAUUUUUCAGAAGGAAUGAUUUGUUUGGAGGUUCUGCAGUGGCGUAGAUGGUGAGGUUACGAUGUCAUUGGCAUUGGCGUGUAAUUGCUCAUAGAUGUUUGUUUCAGCCUCAUGCAGUGACUGAGGUCUCUGUUCAGUUGUCUGUUAGGUCAUCUGUGUUUGGUACUGUACGGGAAAACUAAAGCCACUCAUUUCUUCUGUUUUGUCACGUGUGCCUUGUGUGAGUGUGUUUUGCGUGUGAAAGACUGGACCUGUUAUUAUGUACUUCAGUUAGCCUGUAUUAAUCUGUUCUUCAUGUUGACUGUCAGAUAUGGAGCUCUUAUCUACAGACUUGGUGUUUCUAAGCAAAUAAUCCUAUUGAGUAACCACAUUUGGAUGUACUUUCAAGUGCUGAUUGGGAUUAACACAGGAAGUUUAUUUAAGAUUGGGGGGAAAUUUGUGUGUUCAAAAAGCAAAUGGAAAUAGUUUAUUUAGAAAUUGGUAAAAUCUUUAAAAAAAAAAUAUAUAUAUAUACUUAAAUGAAACAGGCUAUCUAAGUGUGUGUGUGUGUGUGUGUGUGUGUGUGUGUGUGAGCGUGCUGGUGUGGAUUUCUCAGUGUGUUGACAAGACCUCCUUUCAAAGCCUAAUUGGGUUGGGACUGGGGUAAUUGCGUGUGACAGAAUCUAGCUAUCGCAUUUUGUUUUGUUGUUCCUUUGACCUCUAAACCUCCUUUUAAUCUACAUUUCUUAGGAAAGUAUUAGAUGUUUAUCAGUUGAUUUAUUUCUUGGCUCUAGGAUUGGUUUGAAAUGUAAUUGGUUAAGUAAUUAUUGAGAUAAACAUGACUGAGACAAAAAUACAUAUACUGUUAUUGCAAAAUCCUUAAUACCAAAUUGAGUACUUGUUAGAUCUCUAGCAGUGUUAAUGAUUGACUCUUUAUUUUAACAAGUAAAUGGACAGUUGUUGUCCUUUGAUUCAAUGACAUUAUGUAUUUGACAAGAUUUGUUACCAGGGAUACACAGGCAAGGUUCAAUGACAAACACAAUACAAGUUUUUAUUAAUUUGUUGAUUUUUGUUUAUGAUUGAUAAAAGGAUAAGUUGUGUGUGUGUGUGUGUGUGUGAAUGUGUGAAUGAAAGUGUGUGCAUGUUUUUGUUCUUGAUGUAAGGCAAACAUUGUGCAAACUUGGAUGUUCCAGUGAUGUGCAUUUAUAUGUUAAAGUUGGAUCUGCAACUUCACAACAAACUAAUUUAUAUAUUUUAGAUGCAGAACUGUGUUAUGAAUGGACUUUCAAAGUCCAAGUUUAUUUUGUUUUCCAUUUCAGUAAGCUGACAUCUAUGCUCACUGCCUUAAAUUUCAUCCACUCUGUGUCUAUGUGGCAUGUUUUAUUAAAAGAAAAAAAAAAGAUUUUUAAGAUGUGGAAGACAUAUUGUACAGUAGACCAAUGUCAGUUUGUAUAAAGUACUAAGUGAAAAAAAAAAUAUUUAUUACAUGCAUUGAAAGAAAUUGUUUACUUAUUGAAUGUUACAUGUUUAUGUAGAGACAUUUAGAUGUAAUAAAAUGCAUUGAGUUAA